AUGGAUCGCGCCACCUACGAACAAUACACGCAGCUCGUCUGUGCGCGGCGCAUGGAAGAAGCCGCGGAGCGGUUCUACGCCGACGACAUCGAAGUGAUUGAAAACAACGUGACGUACCACGACAAGAAGGGCAUCAUCGCCCUGCGCCGCUUCACCCACGACUGCAUGACCGAGGGCAUCGAGGUGCUCGACUUCUUCCACAGCGAGCAGAACAACACCAUCGCCGCCGAGGUCAUCUACACCUGGGAGGCGCUGAAGGACCUCAACAAGGACGAGUUCGUCGCCGCCGGCUAUCCCGAGGCCUGGCAGCCGCUCAAGAAGGGCGAUGUCGGUCGGUUUCACUGUGUCUUUCGCUAUAUUCUAGACGAGGCCUCCAAGUUUAAGAAGAUCCGCGUCUUCAUCACCACGCCUUGA